CUGGCUUUUAACCCUCACGCUCAUGGAAGUGGGCGAAAUGGAUAUAGCAAGGGGGACGCAGAAGCCAGAGCACCGCUAGGACUGUCGCUGAAACUAGGGCUGCUUACAGAGAGCGCGUGGACUCUAUUCCAGUCCGGGGUCCGCCAGCGCCGCGGGAGGGCGGGGGUGCGCCGAAGGGAGCGAAGUCUCGCGAGAUCCCGCGCGGCGGCGGUGGCGACGGCGGCGACGGCAGCAGCGGCAGCAGCGGCCGGAGAGUUAUUGGAGAAAGGGGGGCAGAAACUGACUUGAGCAAGUUUUCUUAGGAGAAAGUUUCCUUCUUUUGUAACAUAUGGAAAAAUCAGGCCCGGUGGCUGCUGACACUCAUUGGUUAAUCUCUGGUGGGAGACAAGGUUCAAAAUAAAGGUGCUAAUAAAGAGAAUGUAAGACAAGAAAAUAAUUAAAUAUUUGACCGAGAGAGGGGAAGGGAAGAAGAAAGAGAGGGAGAAAAACAUCAGUGUGUGGUUGCCCCUCAUGUGUCCCCAACUGGGGACCUGGUCCACAACCCAGACUCUUCAACAGACCACGUUUAAGAGUUGUCUCGUACUCCCUCUUGUCAGUGGCUGGAGCACAAUGGAUCACACAGGGACACUAGACACCGAGGAUGAAUUGGGACCUUUAGCCCAUCUCGCUCCAAGUCCUCAAAGUGAAGCUGUUGCUCACGAAUUCCAGGAACUUUCUUUGCAGUCCAGUCAGUACUUGCCCCCUCUGAAUGAAAGGAAGAAUGUGCUCCAGCUGAGGCUGCAACAGAGGAGAACGAGAGAACAGCUAGUGGACCAGGGCAUCAUGCCACCUUUGAAGAGCCCAGCGGCAUUCCAUGAGCAAAUAAAAAGCUUGGAACGAGCCAGAACUGAAAACUUUUUAAAGCACAAGAUUCGGAGCCGACCAGAUCGUUCUGAACUUGUCAGGAUGCACAUUUUAGAAGAAACAUUUGCAGAGCCAUCCCUCCAGGCCACUCAGAUGAAGUUGAAAAGAGCUCGCCUAGCUGAUGAUCUGAAUGAAAAGAUUGCUCAGAGACCUGGUCCUAUGGAGCUGGUAGAGAAAAACAUCCUGCCUGUAGACUCCAGUGUUAAGGAAGCAAUUAUAGGCGUUGGGAAGGAGGACUAUCCCCAAACUCAGGGCGAUUUCUCAUUUGAUGAAGACAGCAGUGAUGCUUUGUCUCCAGACCAGCCAGCCAGCCAGGAGUCGCAGGGGUCAGCUGCAUCCCCCAGUGAGCCAAAAGUUAGUGAAUCACCGUCUUCUGCGACUACCAGCACUCCAGCCCAGUUUACUUCAGUGUCCCCAGUAGUUCCUGAAUUCUUGAAAACUCCUGCUACUACGGAUCAGCCCCCCACAAGGUCCACAGCUCCUGUGCUCCCCACAAACACUGUGUCCUCAACAAAGCCUGGGCCAGCACUGGUGAAGCAAAGCCAUCCUAAGAAUCCGAAUGACAAACACCGUAGCAAAAAAUGUAAAGACCCUAAACCACGGGUAAAGAAGCUGAAGUACCACCAGUACAUUCCACCAGACCAGAAAGGUGAAAAGAGCGAGCCGCAGCUGGACUCCAACUACGCCCGCCUGCUCCAGCAGCAGCAGCUGUUCCUGCAGCUACAGAUCCUGAGCCAACAGCAGCAACACUACAACUACCAGACCAUCCUGCCUGCACCACUCAAGCCUCUCAAUGACAAAAAUAACAACAGUGGGAAUUCAGCUUUGAACAAUACCAUACCUAACACAGCAAGACAGAAUAUGCCUGCUCCCAUGAGAAAGCCAGGACCUCUGCCUUCCAGCCUGGACGACUUAAAGGUAUCAGAACUGAAGACAGAACUGAAGUUAAGGGGUCUUCCAGUGUCAGGCACCAAACCGAACCUUAUCGAACGCCUGAAACCCUACCAAGAGAUGAACAGCAAUGGCGUUGCUGCUGAUGGCAUUGUGGCAGUGUCAACAUCUGCCAUCGUCACCAGUAACCCAGAAAUCACCAUGGCGCUGCCAGUAACCACACUACAAAACUGUGUGACUAGCUCAGGCUCCACCUUCAAGGCAGAACUGCCAUCUGCUGGAAGCAGUAAUGUAGCCCAUGUGGAAACUGUUAACUCUCCUCUGCCGAUCUCACCAUCUCCUUCCGAACAGUCCAGUCUCAGCACCGAGGACACAAACAUGGCAGACACAUUUACUGAGAUUAUGACCAUGAUGUCUCCUUCACAGUUCUUGUGUUCAUCCCCUUUGAGAGUAACAGGUAAUGAAGACAGCCUAAGUCCCACCAGCAGCACUCUGUCCAGUCUGGAGCUGGAUGCAGCUGAGAAGGAUCGCAAGCUUCAGGAGAAAGAGAAGCAGAUUGAAGAGCUAAAGAGGAAACUGGAACAAGAGCAGAAGCUCGUGGAAGUUCUGAAAAUGCAACUUGAGGUUGAAAAACGAGGGCAACAGCAGCAGCAGCAGCAGCGGCGGCCACUGGAACCCCAGGCCGGUGCCCCAGCUAAUUCUGUCAGCCAGUUAGAGCAGAAGCAUGGCAGUGUCAGUUCCUCCAUUAAAGAUGAGACCUCACUCACUGACUGCUCCAGCCCCAGGCAGCCUGUCCCGGGAGCCAGCCAUUCUGUAGGCCAGCCUGUCUCUACAGGUGGCCAGACCUUUGUUGCCAAAAAGGCUGUGGUGAUCAAGCAAGAGGUGCCUGUGGCCCAGGCAGAGCAGCAGAGCAUCGUCCCACAGUUCUACGUGAGUUCCCAGGGACAGGCGCCGCCUGCUGUUGUCGCUCAGCCUCAGGCUCUGCUGACCACGCAGACUGCUCAGCUGCUGCUCCCAGUGUCCAUCCAGGGCUCCAGUGUCACCUCAGUGCAGCUCCCCGUGGGCAGCCUCAAACUCCAGACUCCACCACAAGCAGGAAUCCAGACUCAGCCUCAGAUAGCAGCUACCGCCUUGUCCUCAGGCUUGGUCCAGACCGUACCUCAGAAACCAGACACGUUCACACAACAUGUGCUCAGUCAGCCACAGCAAGUCAGAAAGGCUUUCACCAGCUCAGCAUCCAAUACAGUCCUUUCAUAUCAGAGACCACCCGCCCCAGCAGUCCAGCAGCCCUUUAUUAACAAGACACCCAGCAGUGUUCUCCAGUCCAGAAGUGUACCCCUCCCAUCCCUGCAAAACGGACCCAGCCCUCCCAGUAAGCCGAGUUCGCCCCCUCCCACCCAGCAGUUUGUCGUGCAGCACUCUCUGUUUGGGAGCCCAGUACCCAAGACGAAAGACCCUCCCCGCUAUGAGGAGGCCAUCAAGCAGACACGCAGCACCCAGUCCUCUCUCCCAGAGAUCUCCCACACGCACAGUCAGCAAAUGGAUGACCUCUUCGACGUCCUCAUCAAGAGUGGAGAGAUUUCCCUCCCUAUAAAGGAAGAGCCUUCUCCCAUUUCCAAAAUGAGACCAGUGACAGCCAGCAUCACCACAAUGCCAGUCAACACAGUGGUGUCCCGGCCACCACCCCAGGUCCAAAUGGCACCACCUGUAUCCUUAGAACCUAUGAGCAGUUUAUCUGCCAGCUUAGAGAACCAACUGGAAGCUUUCUUGGAUGGGACUUUACCUUCAGCCAAUGACGUUACUCCACUGCAAAGCAGCAGCGAAGACAGAGAGCCCUUCUCUCUGAUCGAGGACCUCCAGAACGACCUGCUGAGUCACGCGGGCGUGCUGGACCAUUCACACUCACCCAUGGAGACUGCCGAGGCCCAGUUUGCCGCAAGCACGCCCUGUCUGUCCCUUGACCUCUCUGACUCAAACUUGGACAACAUGGAGUGGUUAGACAUUACUAUGCCUAACACGUCGUCAGGACUCACGCCUCUCAGCGCCACUGCCCCCAAUAUGUUCUCUGCUGACUUUCUGGAUCCACAAGACCUGCCGUUGCCAUGGGACUAACAUCACAGGCUUCUCGUCUCAGAGUUCAUGAGUUUUAAGAAGAUGAAGAUGAGUCAAAGGUCAGUUUUUAGAGACAGGUCCAUAGUUGCAUCAUUGCAAAUGGAUAGAAGGUCACAGCCUGGAAACCAAGUUUAAGAACAUUUCAUUGCAUCCAGCAGUGAAUGUCUGCAGUUUAAUACAGCACAGGGCCUUCUGAAACAUCUCUAGUCAAAGAAGACUCAUCUGUUUCUUCAAACUUCACUAAGGAAGGAAGAGUUCUUUAGAUAAAAAGAGAGAGAGUAAUGUGCAGGAUAAUGACAUGAGGAUUCGCUGGUAACCAACUACAUUUAAACCUCUGUGGUCACUUCCGGGCCCUUAAUAAAAAGCAUGCAGCUCCACUCAAAAAAGAAAGAACGCCGGGGUGAGGGAGGCGAGAGGUCACUGCACGUGUGUUUCUGGAAACAGCCCUCGCCCCACCCAGGAUGCCGCAGGGAUCAAAGGCAGCGGACGGCACCAGCUGAAGACUUUUAGUUCAUUCAGAAACCAAUGUAAUUUUUUUUGCAUUGAGUUUAUUUUGUGAUAUUUGGAAUCUUACUUUAGAUUUCCAAAUUUAAAUUUAAAUGGAAGUGUUUUCACCAUAACCUGACAGGGUAUACAAAAUACUGUCAUAAAUGAUCCCCUGUAAAAAGUCCAAGUCUAUUGAUAACACUGAAACUUCUGUUUAGCAACUCUCUGCGCUGAUUAAUGUAUAAAUUAGACGCGUCUGUGCACAUGCUACAUUAGGAUUUGUACAGCCUACUUUGGGGUGAAAAAUUGAGUAUCCGGUGGCCCUGCUUGUUUUAAUAACUCAAAUAUUUCUAGAGUACUUGAGCCAGUGUAUUUCUGUAUUUUAAGAACUAAUUUUCAGGUAACCAGACCCAUCUCAAAGAACCAAGAAAAAGCUGUAAGUGUAAAAUAUCUUUCUGAGCUGGUGAGUUGCAAAGCGAAGGCAAGGUCUGUCCUUCCCAGGAAAUUCCCACGACGGCUCCAGGCUAAGCUGUCGCCAGGUCAGCCUCUGGACUGCGGCUCCCGCCGCCUCUCCUCUCGCUUAUCCUGGUCCUCACUUCACAGGUUGGCACUGGGUGUUGUACCUGAGCUCUCACCACACUGUCAAGCUGACGACUGAAAAACUGGAGGUUUUAUUAGUUUUUUAUAUAGAGAGAAAGUUAUCAUAUUUGUUGAGUAGUUUAAAAAUUUUCUGAAAUGCCAACAGUCACAGGAUUUCCAAAAUGAUUUCAGAAUAGUUGAAGUACGUGACAUGUAUAUAACUUAAAAAAAAAAAAAAACAGAAGUCUACCAAAAAGCGUGGAGGUUUUUAUUCACUAUUACCCCGCCCUCCACUCCCCUGUGUGAGCCCCAGAGCCAGGCGGCCUUUCUCCAGGUCACCAAGCGGGGACUGCUGCCACGGUGGCACGCGGAGGCAGCCUGACCCGCUGUUUGAAAAGAAUUUGAGUCUUUUCUGGGUUCGCAUUUUGCCUAAAAGCUGAUCUUAUUUCAAAUUUGUGUUUCAGUUUGUAAAUUUCACUACGUGUCAGAAAAGUCCGUUUUUCCAGAAUUCAGUCGCCCAGAACACUGGAGCCCUCUGUUAACUUACACUUCCCACCUUGAAAGCGCUUCUGAACGGUUCCAGGCAGAGGCGGUGCUGCUCAGUGUGGUCUGCGGUGAGUAGCUGCAUCGUUCAGAAAUUGGUGACCCAGCAUGGCAUCCGGACACUGCCCUGUGACCAAGCCCAGCAUGUGCGUCCUCAAGUCAUUCAUUUCCUUUCAGAAGGGCCUGUCUCCCAGGGCAGGGCUAGUGACUUAGAAAGGUAAUUUCUUAGGGCAGGUCUUAGCAUUGGAUUUUUGUCUGUAGCUAACCUGGUCCAUACUUGGACUCUAAGCAUCACCUUGAUUCAGAUUUAAGUGGCCUAUUAAAUUAGAGCCAAAUAUCAGUGGGACUGUAGGAGGCAACCGAACAGCUAGUGCUAUUGACUAUUGGUGAAUUAACUUUCUGUUUCCAUCUUUUCAAAUUGUGUACAUAGGUCAUUUCCUAGCCCUCAGGUCCCCUUAUUGCUUCUUUAAAAUAGGGUUUGAAACAUGCCACCAGAAGGCUGCUCUCCAAAAACACACACUGCAGCGCAAAGAAUGCUGUCUCAUCAGCCUGCUUGCUUUUUUUCAUUAUGUUGCUAAUGUGCCCACUUUACAUGUGUGUUCAAACCUUUCUGUACCAGCAUCUCCUUUACAAGGAAGGCAGGCAAGGAGUCUCUAAUUAGGAAGUCUACCAGCUGCCGACUCCCACCAUUCCGCUGGGCCCUCCUGGCCUGGCCUGAGCAGCAAGCUGGGCACCUGUGCUGCUCUCCAGGGUCCCAGCUACACGUUCCAGGUUAGAAUGAGGACACAGACCAUGGGCAACAUGUGACGUGACCAAAGAUGACACUCUGCAACCAAGGCUCCUUUGACCUAACUCUGCGCUUAAAGGUCAAUGUGAUGGGAAAGGUGUGUGUUUACUAGAAGAGGACAGUUUUUACUGUUUGAGGUGGGUUUCACAGCCAUGAAAGCCAGGGUCAGAACAGCUGGCUGGGUUUUCAGUGCGCGUGUGUGCAGUUUAGAGGUGGCAGUGCUGUGUAUCAUCUUGCAGAAGAUCCUACUGCCAAGAAAACAAUCCCUAGAAACAUACUAUCUCACAUGCAGUCUUAUUUCCCUAAAUAUUCCUGAAACACAGUAGUAUCAAGCUUACCUUUCUAGUGCACAUAGGUAUCAGGUCGUGUCGUUGGGGUGGGACACACAGAAAGUUACACCAAAGCUUCUACCUAGUCUUAGGAAGUCUAAGGGUAUGUGGUCAUCUUGUACAUUUCAGCAAAGCAUGUACUAGAAAACUUUGGGGACAGUGUUAGUGGUUCAUGUCCUAGUGUUUUUCCUGAAAUGUGCAAUCUACUGUAUAGUAUUCACCACAUAUUUGUACAUAGAUGUAUUCUGAAUUCGUGGAAUUUCUUGUUUAGACACUAUUUGUUUUAUAUGAAUAUUUUUAUAAUACUAAAGAGAUCUUAUUUAAAUUUCCUUUUUAAAAACUGCACAGUUCUGUGACCUGUGUAACUGACACUCCUGUGAGGGCAGUUUAAGAACGGGCAGAGGCAGUCUGGCGCCGUCUCCGAACUGCCGCCUGCUGCGGGCAGAGUCACGGUCACAGGAUAGGUCUCCCAGGCUGUGCAGUCAGCGGACACUGAGAGCCAUAUCAGGAGCAUUACUCAUUUUGUCACCAAAGCUGACUCAGGCUCCCCCUACCCUCGACCCCAGAUCAUUCCAGGCCACAUAGCUUUCUUCAGAGUCCUUGCAGAACUACCAGGCUGAAUCCAGCCACAACAGUUGACUAAGCAGCUGUCCCGUGCACACCACACGAGCGGUCUCUGUGGGCCACCUGGUGCAGGCCGCUGUUGGUGAGCUGGGGACUUUCAGAGACUUCAGGGCAAAGAGUUAUUACUAGGUGUCUACCAGCAGAGCAGCACAGGCCCCGUUACCCCCACUCACAAAUAACCCUCCGUUUUGCUGUCCAUCACUGCAAACAUGAACCCUGGCUAUGGGCAAUGGAGCAGAAUACCAGACUGUCCAUGGCCCUGGCACCACAAAAUGAGCCCAAAUUAUCAAAAAACAUCAACUGGAAGAUCAGGCUUAUCAAGGAACACAGCGUACAAGUGCAGGCGUGUAUUUGGAGAGCAUCCUCACUGCAUUUCAGCUCAUCUUUUAAGUGGCUUCCGUAAAAACUGGAAAAUAAUUCAGAUGCAGUGAUGCCUUUUCAAACUUUUGAUACCUUGCUCAAUGACCUUCCCAGGCUGCGCACUGAUGUGAAGUGACUGUCUGCAUGGCAGUGCGUGUCUCCCCCGCUCACCCCUUCUUUCAGUGUUGGAGGGAAGUGCAUCGUUGCCGAGGGUUUCUACCGGGAAUCUCAUCUGAGGCCUAUAAUGCAAAAAGCUGCACAUGUUUACAAAAGCGCUCUGAUCCUCCACACAAACACAUUGCUCUGUGAAUGGUUACUGAAAAAAUACCACAAUUCUGUGACCACAGGAUGGCAAUCUCAGAUCUACAAGGUGCUGUCUGGAAUCAGAUAAAACACGUCACCGGUGACGGCGACGCCGCUGUUGUGUGUAACAGAGCUUUGUGCCAACUGCUCAGAUAAAGCUUUCACCAAGCUCGUAGGCUCACCGAGGCUCAUAGCGAUUACCUCUCUACAUUGUGCUGUAAGAACACUUGCUGAUUGGGUAGGAGGAAGAAGCAUUUAGGAAAGGGUUUAGUAUCUACCAAAAGUACUUAACCUCAAGUAACCAGUAGUAAUGCACACUUGCUUUAAAGGAACCAAAGGCAUUGCCAAGUAUUUGCCAAAAAGAGGCACUUUUUAUUUAAAAUUUGAGACUAAUGAGAUCUCAAAAAUCAGUCCCAAAAAGGUAUUAUCCAUUUAAGGUUAUAGUUUUCACAAAGGUGUAGAUAUUUCUGUAUUGUUUUCAUGUAAAAUAGUAGAGAUUUGUUUUGUUGGUUUAGGAAUAGUACACAUUUAGUAGUAGUACAAAGUUUUUUCCUUUCUACGUACAAAUUAGUUUUCUUGCUUGCAAUAGAAGUGCAACGUGAUAGGUGUUUCUCUUCUUAUUUUCAUUGUCACAUUAUGUCUUAGCAUCUCACUUUAUGAAAAAGAGGAGAAAGAUACCAGUCUACAGAGCCCUGCUUAUUCAAGCACUCGUUUAAGAAACAAAAAAAUUAUGGCAAUCGGGGGUCCAUUCAUGUAUUGCCUUUAUGUUGUUUUUUAAAAGAAAAACCGUGAUGCCUUUGUAUUUGCUGUUUGCACCCCUGAAAUCAAUUCCAUAUCAUGUUUGAAUGCCAUAUGUUUUGCACAUGUACUGUACAUAGGUAACGCAUACUGUAUUUUUAUAUGUGUGCACAUUUAUCAUUGGAUCUUUUGUACAUAGUGGCAGUAUUGUAGCGGACCGGAAAAUGUUUGAUAUCUCAGCAAUUUUGCAUUUUUGUGUCUCAAAUAAAAGGCAUUUUGAUGUAC